AUCUCACCCCACCGCAUCAACCACUCAAUCUCAAUACCCCGCCAAUAACUCCACAAUCAUCAUCCCAACUCGACAAACCCAAGACUAGCUAAAUGGGCAUCCCUACCGCCGCCAUCAUCGUCAUCGUCGUGGUCGCCUGUCUCGCCGUCGUCUCGCUCGGCGCCGCCCUCACGAAACAAUGGUUUCCUUAUCGGACGGAGGAGCAAUUCAACCCUCCGCGCGAACAGGAACUUUACAUGCGGUCGGUGAGAUUGAAAAAUAUGGGCAGGCUUCAUCGGGAAUCGAAGGCUGUAGGGACGGGAGGGUAUCAUUAUAAUGGGAAUGGGAAUAGAGACGUGGAGGCAGGGUAUUACGAGACGGGGAGUGGGUCGAGGUACUGA